CAACCAGUGUGGAUCCGAGCGGAGGAGUUCGCGCAGCCUGACUCGUGCGUGUCACCGGGGUUGCUGCAACUUUUAACCACGUAUUGACAGCGGGCGGAAAACUACAAUAAAAGUACACCGAGCGCGUGAGUGUCGGGCGCGCUGAUGCUGGGACGGUAGCUAGCAGGCGGUAGUUGAGUGUUGCCCGUCGUGCCUCGGCGCUCUUCCCCCCGGCUGACCCAAUGCUUCUGCAUCAGUUCAUGAACGGAGCCCUGGAAGUCAUGCAUCCCACCGCGCUGCAGAAGGACACCACCUUCACCAAGAUCUUCGUCGGGGGGCUGCCGUACCACACGAACGACGCCUCUCUGAGAAAGUACUUCGAGGCGUUCGGGGACAUUGACGAGGCUGUGGUGAUAACGGACAGGCAGACCGGCAAAUCCAGAGGAUACGGCUUUGUGACAAUGACUGACCGGGGAGCAGCGGAGAGAGCCUGCAAGGAUCCCAACCCCAUCAUCGACGGCAGGAAGGCCAACGUUAACCUGGCCUACCUGGGUGCCAAGCCUCGCAGCAUGCAGACGGGCAUAUCCAUCGGAGUGCAGCCCAUUCACCCAGCGCUCCUCCAGAGGCAGUAUGGGUUGGCCCAGCCAUACAUUUACCCACAAGCGUUCGUCCAGCCCAGCCUGGUGCUGCCCACUCAGGUCUCCACUUCCGUCAGCACCAGCCCCUACCUGGACUACAGCGCCGCCUACAGCCAGUACGCCCAGGCCGCCUUCGAGCAGCAGUACCCGUACGCCGCCUCCCCGGCCGGCUUCCUGAGCUACAACUACGCCACCAGCCCCUCGGCCGCCGCCACCGCCGGCCCGGCCGCCGCCGCCACCGCCCCGCCCACGGUGCACCCCACGCUCCCCUCCGCCGCCGGCCCGGCCCCGACCUUCCUGCACUACGCGCCGCAGCAGCACAUCCAGCCGGAUCGCAUGCAGUGAGUCCAGAGCGGCGUGAGGAGGAGGAGGAGGAGGAGGAGGAGGAAGACGAGGAGCAGGAGGAGGAGGUGGUGGAAGGGGAGCAGCGGUCGCAGACCUUUGGACAGAGGAUAGUGAAACACCCGACGGGGUGACCCCGCUGUUGUCAGCGAAGGCUUUCAGGAAAAAGAUGGGGUGGGACUAUUGCACUAUACGAUCAGGAUGAGCUGCUCGGUCACUGGUUAAAGGGCAAACGGGGCGGAGGGCUGUCGGAGUUCAGGCUGGGAAGCGAAGCAGCAAAAAGUCUCUUCCAAGGGCUUCCAGGAGCCGACACCUCUUUUUUUUAUUAUUAUUAUUAUUAUAAUUAUUAUUUUUAUCAUCCUUUAUUAUUAUAUUGAUGUUCUCGUCUGUUUAUUUGUAUGCUAUUAUUAUCGAUGUUGGCAUGUUUUUGGCUCAAUCAGUGGAAGCUCCACACGUCCGUGGUACACACAGGUGAUUUAGGAGCCGUCUGGGAUCUGCAGCACCUCCGUUCUCCUCAUUUAGAAGUGUGUGACAUUAAAGGCACUGCUGCUUUAAGACACUGGAGGCAAGAUGUAAAAGAAGCGGGUGUAAAGUGGGGGGUGGGUGUGUGUGUGUGUG